AUGCAGUCAAUUUCCGAGAAAAGGACUUUUUGGCGAUCGAGAUUCAUUGAUGUCGCAUACGAUCCAGUCCACGAAGAAAUGAUCGACGACAUGGUCAUGACCCACGACAUCGCUGAAAGCUUAUUCUCACCAUUUGUAAAAAAGAAUGCAAUUCUUGAUCGAACUCAUUUGUGGCGCAACAAGACAGUCUUUUACUAUAUUGGCAAUGAGUAUACGGAUAAGCACCGGGAAGUCAUAAGAGAUGGAAUUCAAUUGAUUCGAGACGCAACUUGUGUUAAAUUUGUUGAAUUAAGACAUCCGAGUCAAGCACCAGGCACUUAUGUUCAUAUAAGUUCUAGGAAGGGAUGCUAUGCGAGGAUUGGAUCGAAAUGCAAGAAUGCAGUUUGUGAAAUGAGUUUGGAGAUUCCGGGUUGCAUCCAUACAGGCACAGUCGCUCAUGAGUUCCUUCAUGUUCUUGGCUUCUUCCACAUGCAAUGUGCUACCGGAAGAAGCAAUCAUAUCCGAGUUAUGUUCGACAACAUUGAUGAGAAAAUGUGGGGGAACUUUGAAGAAUAUGCAACUGACUCAACAUUGCUAGGCACUCCAUAUGACUACGAGUCCAUCACACAUUACGGCAGCAUGUUCUUCUCGAAAGAUAAAAUAAAUCCAUCAAUAAUCACAAGAGAUCAGACGAUUCAAAAAAGGAUUGGUCAACGCAAGUAUCUGAGUAGAGGAGACAUCGAAAGAGUUUUGAGACUCUAUAAUUGCUACUAGUUUCAAAUGUUCAUCAAUUUUGACCUUAAUCAACAGAUUCUUUAAGGAGCUGUUCACUAAUGACGUCCACGAGAAGGGGGGGGGAUAAUUCCUGGAAUUCCAUUGUUCUUUUUUGAAAAAUGGCCGUCAUGAAUGAACGUUCCUUAAUAUUUAUUGCACCUU